GGAAGUCGUGACAGCUGUUGUUGUUUUUUUUCCUUCACUCCUCUGCCUCCGCUGAUUCAGACAGAUAUACAAGUUUAAGUUAUUAAACAAAUGAAGUAGAAAAAUGGAGUAUAAGCUCAUCAUGGCUGUUUCCGGUUUCCCGAGUCUUUACGACACAAACUCACCGACGUACCGAGACUUAAACAUGAGGAGCGACGCCUGGCGGCAGGUGGCGGAGAUCGUCGCUGUUCCCGAGUCUGAAUGCCGGAGGAAGUGGAAGACGCUCAGAGACCAACACAGGAGGGAGAGGCAGCGCGAGAAGGAGAGACGAGAGAGUGGCAUCGGGCUCUUCAACUACAGGCCGUGGAGAUACUCGUCCAUUCUGUCCUUUCUGAACCCAUUCAUUGAUGCCAGAGCCGCGGGCACAAACGGCUGGGCCCUGGAGCCGCAACCCUCGCACCUCCACGCAGUCGACGUGAUGGGCUGCAGCACGACCACGGAGGUGCGGAGCGACGACGACGACAACUACGGCGUCGCCGUCACAGACGCCACGUCCUCGUCCUCGUCCUUCUCAGAGUUUGUCCAGAGGAAGCGGCCGUCUCCCGCCAACGGAGAAGUCGUGAGACUCAAAGAUGCAAAGAUCGAGCCCUCAGAUCAGCUGACGGCGUCUGAGUUCCUGCGACACGAUCUUCAGCCCCUGCAGCUCCGCCACGCCCCCAGGGGCUCGCCGCCACACGCCACCACGUCCAGACUGAACCACCACGAAAUCCCGGAGAGGGAGAUUUUAGACCACACGGACGAGGAUGACGAGGCGGAGCUCAGCGUCUCCCACCACAGACCGAACCGAGCGAAGGGGUGGAGCAACGACGGUCUGCUGGAGGCGUUCCUGAGGAGGGCGGAGAGCAGGGAGAGGAACCUGGAGCGGAUCCUGGAGCUGGAUCAGAGGGACGACGUCACGCUCUUCCUGCUGAGUCUGGCUCCCGCCAUAAGACGACUGUGUCCUGAAAAACAGUCUCUGCUCAGAACCAGGAUCCAGCAGCUUCUGCACGAGGCCCAGUUUGGCCCCGCCCACUUCACCUGAUCACGUGACAGACACUUCAUGCGCACGUGAACGCGCUCACAGAACUGGAAACAUCUUUUUUUUCUUUUGUUGUUGUUUAUAAUAAAAAGAACAAACUCUUCUUUUUA